CUUGAUUCAGGCUAAAGCCAUUGGAAGAAUUUCUUCGGCUGGUAACACUAAGGCACAGAAUUACAAAAUUUUGUGGUGUACGUUUGUCGUGGUUGUCUCUGUUCCUCUGCGUUUCGCAUUACACUCUAACCAAACUUAAACUCAUCAAAAAUGGCUCCUCCAUCAUACAGCGAUUUGGGCAAACAGGCUCGCGACAUCUUCAGCAAAGGCUACAACUUUGGCCUGUGGAAGCUCGAUCUGAAGACCAAGACCUCGUCGGGCAUCGAGUUCAACACAGCCGGACACUCCAACCAGGAGUCUGGAAAGGUCUUCGGCUCCCUGGAGACCAAGUACAAGGUCAAGGACUACGGCCUGACCCUCACCGAGAAGUGGAACACAGACAACACGCUGUUCACCGAGGUUGCUGUCCAGGAUCAGCUCCUCGAGGGUCUGAAGCUGUCCCUGGAGGGCAACUUCGCUCCCCAGUCUGGAAACAAGAACGGCAAGUUCAAGGUUGCCUACGGCCAUGAGAACGUCAAGGCCGAUUCGGAUGUGAACAUUGAUCUGAAGGGCCCCUUGAUCAAUGCUUCUGCCGUGCUUGGCUACCAGGGAUGGUUGGCCGGCUACCAGACCGCAUUUGACACACAACAGUCCAAGCUGACCACCAACAACUUUGCCCUUGGCUACACCACCAAGGACUUUGUUCUGCACACAGCUGUCAACGAUGGCCAGGAGUUCAGCGGCUCGAUCUUCCAACGCACUUCGGACAAGCUGGAUGUGGGUGUGCAGCUGUCGUGGGCCAGCGGCACCAGCAACACCAAGUUCGCCAUCGGCGCCAAAUAUCAGCUGGAUGACGAUGCUAGCGUGCGCGCCAAGGUGAACAACGCCAGCCAGGUGGGUCUGGGCUACCAGCAGAAGCUGCGCGACGGAGUCACCCUGACCCUGUCCACGCUGGUCGAUGGCAAGAACUUCAACGCCGGCGGCCACAAGAUCGGUGUUGGUCUGGAGCUGGAGGCCUAAGUCCUUGGUUUUUCGCCAGUCGUGGAAUCCUUGAACGUUGUCUAACAUCCCCACACGCCCAACAACAAUAACAACAGCAGCCAGACAAGUGCAGUAACAACAAGAUCAAACAAAAUAAAAGAUACGAUAUUCUUCAAAAAAUAACAACACACAGUCAAAUAUAAAGAGAAUCUGCACAUCUUAACGAUUCGAUUGGAUCAGUUGUCAGCCGGCCAUCUCCACAUCCACAUCCGCCCACUCCCUGCCCCAGCCACCCGAAUCUGCAGGAGAGACACUGCCAACAAACGAUGCAGGGGGCUGGGUGGUUCAAUCGAUGGGUCGGUCAGUCCGUCGUCGUUGGAUGUAGCUUUGAUUAGUGCAUUGAAAAUUAGCGAAAUUGUUGUUGGAAAAAGUGCAGUAAAAUACAUUUACCUAUUAAAACAAAAAAAAAACAAAAUGGAAAAGGAAUAUUAUGGCUCAAAAGACAUUGCAUUUUUUUCAGUUCUCAAGGCUUUAGGGAUUGCCUUUAAAAUCUUGCGGCGAAACUAGGACACACAUAACACCAAACCACAUCCUUAUUAACAAUCUUAGCCUAUUCGUUGUGCAUUUACCUGAGAAAUAAAUCGAGAAGAAAUGAAA